AUGGCUGCGGCCGCAGAACUGUCCUUUUCCCUCCUGUUUCCCGUGAUAGGUUCAGCCGUCUGGACCCCCAUGGAGAAGGAGCUCUUUCAUAAAGCCUUCUGUGUUUACAAGAGAAACUUUUCCUUGAUACAAAAGAUGCCCAGGGGCGUGCCAGGCCAGAGGGGAGAGACAUUCCAGGAGAGCUUUCAGGAAGUGCCUAGCCCCACGGCGAGGGGGCGUGUGGGGCAGUGCCCAAAGCCCGCUGCUGUUUUCUUUCACCAGGUCCGGACAAAGACUGUGGCCCAGUGUGUACAGUAUUACUAUGGCUGGAAAAAGAGGGUCACGUUUACUACCUCUUCUUGGGCCCCAGCACUGGAAAAGAGGGUCAAAAGGAAGCUGGCCGAGGCAGACCCAACAGAAACAAAGGCCACUUGCAGCCCUCAGAAGAGACGCCACCACCAUCCAACCCUUGAGUUGAAGACAGAGACGGAGAGUGGCAGGGGAGAAUCCGUCAUCACCGCGAGCCCUAGUGCUGCUCCCAAGCGGACCCCUGAGCCUCCGGGGCGCGUCCAGGGCCAAGGCGCUUUUCCCUGUGGGGAGUGUGAGAGGGUGUUUGACAAGAUGUGGACUCGCUAUGCCCACAUGAAGCGGCACCGGCUUCAGGACCCCGAGGAAACAGCCGUCGGGGAGGAGCGGCCCGCGAAGGCCUUUAAGGUUUCUGAAGAUGAGGCUGGACGAGCUUCCUGGGAAAUCCGUCAGCCCUUAGAGGGGGAUGAUGGACAGCGCUCUCACGGACACCUGUCCACAUAAGGGACGUGGACACAGAGAAAUGACUGGCCCACACUCACACACAGGUAAUAGGUUUGAGUGGAAUCACAUGGAACCUCAGCUUACAGGUGACACGCCGCUACCAGGACUCACUGGGGAAGCCUCAUGGGAAUGGACGUAGGGUCUGACAUUUCCAAGACCUGAAGGAAGACUUGGAAAAUUACUCUCUGUUUAAAAAAAGCAGAAACCUACAACUUUCAAUAACUUUUUAACAACCACAGGAGCUUCAAAACUUCCCACCUGGGUAUGCAUUGCUCAGAAAAACCGAAAACUUCUUACUAAAUAAAAAUGUGAGCAGUGCCUAAAAAAAUUGGCAUAAGAAUGAUGGAGACUUUCUGACAACUCACAAUGAACCAUGGAUACCGUUUGUUUCAUUUUCCAGGAGGAACAUCACAGUGAGAAAAAUCUGUGAAUUAACAGCUUGAUUUACUUUAGACAUUCAUGAAGAAGCCUGGAACAUCAAUAAGGCAUAAGUCUUCCUAAAUGCGCAUCUGUGGCAAAGGCAAUAUGCUCCCUAAAUAUUCUACCUGCUCCCCCACAUUCCCCAGCCUGGGCAGUUAGGUUCGGCCAUAUGACAGUUCUGACCAGUAAGCUGUGGGCAGAAGUGACUUGGGUCACUUUUAGGCCAAAGGAUGGAAGAGCUGGUACGUGACCUUCUGGCUGUGUCCUUUCCUGUUGGGAUGACGGAGGGGACCGUGACUUGCAGAUGCUGCACCUACAAGAUGUGAAAAGCUGCUGCCCUCAGUCUGGCUCCCUGAAUGGCUGUGUGGGGCACACCAACACUGCCAACUCUUGCUGGGCACGGACAGUGAAGAAGAAACAAGCCUUUGUGUGUCAGCCACACACAGAGAUGGAAGAUGGGGCUAUUCAGUCCCUGAAGCAUAUCUUAAAUGAAAUUAUAUCUGAAGUUCCAAAACCUCAA